AUGUUGAACUACAAUUGCUCAAAUCUUGCUCAAGUAUUUUACCGUAUUCAUUAUGCACAAUACUUGACUUACAUUGAUGAUUUUGAGACAAGCAAAGAAGUGUUUGAUGGCACAAAAGCUAUAUGGCAAUAUAUAUCUUCUGUUAGUAACAAGGACCCUCUAACCACUGUCAAGUCAUACACAUCGCGCUGCAUGCUCCUUGCUGAUGUCUAUACUGCUCAAUCCAUGAUUCUGGCCCGAAUAGACUCUCUGGACCGUGCUAUUGAUCAUGCUACUUCUGCCUUGGGUCUACUCAACAAAUGUAUCAAGGUGAUUCAAAAAUCAGAAAAAGAACGCCAACCAUCUGCAUCCAACGAACUAGAGGAUCCUUUUAUGCCUACAAUAAGACAAGAAGAAGCAGCUAAAGUGGUCUAUCGCGAAUCUCAAUGGAUUCUCGCUCAAAAGAUCAGUCUCUUAUUGCAGAAUUUAGCUCAUCUCUACAUGACAAAGGGCUCUUGGAAUGAAGCACAAUACUUUGUCAAGCAAGGGCCUCUCUUGGCUGAAAAAGUCAAUUCUGCUGCCUUGUUUUUCGAAUCUCAUUUGUCCGCCAGUACUUAUUAUCUUAAAUAUGGUGAUUUGGAUAGAUCGCAAGAAGAGCUUGAGACUGCUUCAGGCUUGGAGUUGAAUGGGCAAUACCAUAUCCUGGAUGAAGUCAAGCUAAAAAUACACAUGGCUAAUCUGGCUUUGGCGAAUGGUUAUUCAGACAUCUCUCUUGAAGCCUAUACGGAAGCAGAAUACUUGUUAGCUCAAUUGACAACGUCGUCUUAUAUUUCCAAUUUGGAACAUCUGGUAGACAUUAAAGAAGGAACUGAGAAUGAUAUGGAAGCCUCUGACAAGUAUGAAUGUUUACCAUUACAAAAAACUCAAAACUUGAUUAUUCUCAAAAAAGGUAAUUGA